ACGUGCUCCUGGCAGCCAGCUGCAGGCGCGAGCCCGGCCCCCGGCACUGGGAGGGGGACUGGCCGCUGCAGCCCGCCCCGGGAUCCCUCCCUGCGCGAGACGCUCCCGGCACGAGCCAGAGGCGGCCGCGCAGCGAACACGUGCAGCACCCUAGGGAGCAGGGAGCCUGCAGGGCCUUCCUCGGCAGCAGCGUCCCGGGGCACCCACUGGUCUCUCUCCCGUGAAUCGCUGCUCCUGGCAUGUGGGAGGCCGUUUCCGCUGACGCAGCCAUUGUCACGUAGGCCGGAUUGUCCGUCUGCUCGCUGCCCGGACACACGCCGUCAGCAUGCAGCGGGGCUACGUGCCCUUCCUCUAUUCGGUGGCUGUCCUGGGGCUGGCGGCUGCAGUGCCGGAGGAAUGCACGAUUAUCGAGGCUCUCCAGAACAAGCUGACGUAUCAGCAGCGGCUCCAGUACAUGAAACACUAUUUCCCCAUCAACUACACCGUGAAUGUCCAGUUCGAAGAGGUUCUCAGGCCAUCCAACAUUACCAGGCUGCGGGAACAGGACGUCAGCGAGCUGUCCCUGCGCUGCCUGUGGCUCAGUGUGAACUCCCAGGUGCUGCCGAAGAUCCGCGCUGUGCUGCUGGAGAAGCACCCGUCCUGGGAGUACAUCCAAGAUCUCUGCGUCCUCUUUGAGCAGCUGGAUGAGGAGUACGAGGACUGCAACCAGGGGAAAAUGGACACCACCGUUUGGGACGUGGUAGAGCAGGUUCUCACCGGCGACGCAGGGAGCAGCCGGAAGCCCGUGCGCCCCAAAGCCCUGCUGGAUAACUGCGUCAAGGUCAUGAGGAUGCUGUACAACGAAUCGUGUGCGUCGAGAUCCCUUCCAGGGCAGCCAGAGCGGAGACAGCUCCCAGCUCACGGGGGUGCUAUCGGGGGAGGUAACUAGGAUUCUGCCUAUGAUCAGGAAGGAAGCGUGGCCAUUUCCUCCCUCUCUCCAUGCCCUCUGCACCGCCUCGGCAUGUGGUCUCUGUUGUCGCGCUGCCUGUCUGCUUGUGCUCCACAAUCCCAGCUUCCGUGUUGCGUUGUGCCUGCCACCUCCCCGGGGCCCAGAGGAAGCCAGCGCAUCUUCCAAGGUGCCCGGCAGUGGGAGCUUUGCCUUGCUCUCCCAGGGAAGAAUGAGAGCAAAGGCGGAGGAUGGAGAGCGCAGAGGAGUGGGUUUUCUCCACCGGUGCCAUAGGACAAGCUCAGGAAAUCGUUCUGGCACAGGGAAUCCAGGGAAGGUGGUGGCAUCUCCUGCCAUGAACAGGCUGCAUUUCUGUCCCUCUGAGGCUGCGGCAAUGUGUUGCUCCUCUUCAUCCCCACCUCUAGCAGUUGAGGUGUGAAAACCAAGGGAUUUUCUCGCCAGCGUUGUCAGAGAGAGAGCAUGAUGUGACCUGGCCUGGGGCGUGUUGGCCUCGGCGCAUGCCUGAGUCAGCUACGCCGCCGGCUGUGUCCCACCCCAGGACGCAGAGCGGUGCACAGCAGCCCCCGCAGAGAAGAGCCGCUGGAGGGAUCCUGCCCAUCCGGUGGGUGCUCCCUGGCGACUGCUGUGACUGGGCUGGCAGCUUCGCGGCAGGGACGUUGCAACCCCUGAACGUUUAACCCAAAGCCGCUGUAGCUGGAACAUCCCCACUCGGCCUGGCCUCACCUGGGGCCCAAAGAGGAAAGGAGCAUCAGGCCACGGAGCGAGUGGGACAAGGGGCUUGGACCCCAUGUACGAGGGAGCCGCCUACAGGGACACUUUCCAUCCUGCCCAGGGCCGGUGCAUGUGAGAGCAGGACCAGGCCUGUGGAGCCAAAGGAUCUGAGAGUGCCAACAGCAAUCUGCCCUCGGACGCGUCCUAGAGCUUGUGUUGUGGUUCCCCUCCUGAGUGAGCUGAUGGACGAUGGAGCCGUGCACCUGCAAUAUGUGUUAAUGAGCCAUUGACCAUUGAUCUGACCCUAUUUCUAAAACGCCUGUCGCCAUUGUCACCCAGCGCCGUAGAACUCACGACCAGGCCCUUGGGCUGCCUGGUCUGUUCAUUCACCGGCUAGGGCACCCAGAGACACGCGCUAGAAGACGUUCUCUGCUCCUGUUUUCAGUGCUGCCAACUCGUGAGGUUUGAUCGCGAGUCUUGUGACAUUUGCUGUUUUCUUUAAAGCCCCAAGCCCUGGAAUCACUGUAUAAAUGCACCUUGUCGGCUUGCAUUAACGAGAAAAAGCUGGUCUGUCGCUCUCCUGGCCGCUUGUAAACGUCUCCCCUAGAGGCUCCAAUGCCAAUAAAUGCAAUAAAUCGCAAGCGAACCCAACUAAAUUUAAAGUCUCGUGAUUCUGUGGGGGCUGGGAACCUCUUGGAUGUCACGUGUCCUCCCUCCCGCCUGCUGGGAGACUCGUUGGCCUUGUCUGACCGGUUUCUGUGCAGGCUAAGCGGCAAGGGAUGCCCCGAUCCCCCCCGUCACACACAGCUGGUUUGUGUCCAGAAGCUGAAGUGCUUUUCAAAGGGAGAUCUGUAGAUGCGGGAGGACUGGGCUGGGUCUGCUCCAGCCAACGUUGUAGCUGGAAUUCUCCACCAACUGGAGCAACAGUGGAAGCUGCCGUGCAGACGGCGCAGGGGCGCUUUGCGCUCUGUGCUGUCUGACUCCACCUUGAGCGUGGCUAGAGGACACCGUGAUAGACAUGCCCAAGUCCUCGCUCUACUGCAGCUUUCACCCUAGGUAGCACUGGUGGAGAAUGAUGUCAAAGUGUGCUGCUAAGUCAAGGCCAGAGAGGAAAGCGAGAGGGUUUGCACAACAAGAGGGAGCAGCAUAUGGGGAGUUGGCCAUAGAAGCUUUGCAUCUGAUGGAAACAUUGAUCCCCGGGGUUAGCCUGGCCCGUGAAGGUGGCAAAUGGCAGAUCACCACUGCCGAACCACGGCUACCGUUCUGUGCUGUUGACUGCCCUGUAACUGGUUCCCUGGAAAGUGCUGAAUCCUCAGAUGGCCCAAGGGUUGAGCAUGUCUCACAGACCUGGAGGGAGAAUUUGACGCCCACAAACAGGAACUGGGUUUGAACCAGAUUUUGCAGCUGCCUCCCUCCAUGCAUCUGUUGGUCAAAGCCCCUUUUUUCCAAUGAUGGGGACCACCCCCGAUUCCACCUGCAACUACCUGUAUUGUCUCCCAACCCAGCCACCUCAGACCUAGUGUAGUAGAUUUGUUGGGCCCAGGAAGAAGUGAAGCAGCCCCUGGAAAAGGCAAGAGCAGACUAUAAGCAAUAUGCAGACUGUAUCGACAGCAACGUCCCGCCUAUGCAGUGGAGCAAAAGUGUGGUUCUCCACGGAUCAUCUCCACCCAGACAGACACCCUCUCACAAGCUGGACUUCUGGUUCCUUGGUACUUUUAAGAUCCUGUAACAGGUUGAUCCAGUUGCUUUUGAAUUCCAUCUAUUCCACUCUCUGAAGUUUCACAUAUCGCUUUUAAAACUCUACUCAGAAAACCCUUUCCUGCACAGGACCCAGCCACCGCUUUCACUGGUACAGGUACAGGGCAUCAGACAUCAGAAAUAGGUGGUUCAUGAGAUCCUGGACUCUAAAUUUAAAUGUGGCCGGCUCUGGUGGUCUCUGCUUGGCAUCCCCCAUAGGUGUUCCCAGGCUGCCUCAGACCAUGCAAGUCUUUGAACCACCACUUCACUGGGCCAUCAGGCUCAUGGACAGCAAGAGGGAUCUGGGUAAGGGAAACAGUUCCCAUCCCUCUGGGGUGUCCCCCACCACCAUCCAUCAUGGGCCGCCUUCAGUGUGGUGAGUCAUGAUGGAUGGAACAUGGAGUGGUUAGCAGCAUCAGCCAGCUGGCUAAGUGUGCCUCAGAGGGCAUCCUCCCAGAAGGGGCUCUGACGAACCACUGCCAUAGCCUCACCAUCUCCCAGGGAUCCAGCGUUUCCCUUUUUCCUGGCUUGCCUGGGAGGCAGACAUGGGACAGGGCCACCUCACAACCAGCUUCCAUGCACUAUCACGGCUGCUACCUGCAUUGAGUGUUUCUGACCCAUGGUCAGAUGCCUACCAACCCCCUCCCAUCCUGGCCCAAGCACUCCCGCUUGCCGAAGCAUCGUGCAGUUGGGGAGGAUGGUCCCGGUGACAGGAACGGACAGAAGUGCAGUGGCGGUUCAGGGGGCAGCUCAGAUACGUGCAUGGAGGAAGGCGUUAAGGUGACCCUGUGGUGGACCAGCACUGAUGGAAGAAACCCCCUCUUAUAGCCUCACUCUUUCCCCCAGCCCUGGGGGACAGGACAAGCAUGGAGGAGGCUGCCCCAAAAUCUGCAUGCCUGGCUCCCCAGGCAGCUCCACCUACUGCUGUCAGGGGACAGGGGAGACUGAGCUAGCACAUGCAGCCCCAUGAAUGAUCCUUCUCCAGCUUCACCUAUGGAAACGUUUUAAUGACCUUUAUGUCCUCUAGAUAGUCAAGUUCGACCAUCUUCUCAGCGCUCUGCCAGGGCCCUUGACCAGCCUCAGCAGGGCUGAUCCAAGGGUCUCACUAAACCCUUCAAUGGGUGGUGGUGGCGAGUACAGCAAGCAGGGACUUAACCUUAGCUUGUCAAUCACAGAAUCUCAGGGUUGGAAGGGACCUCAGGAGGUAUCUAGUCCAACCCCCUGCUCAAAGGGGGAACCAAUCCCCAGACAGAUUUUUACCCCAGUUCCCUAAGUGGACCCCUCAAGGAUUGAACUCACAACCCUGCGCUUAGCAGGCCAAUGCUCCAACCACUGAGCUAUACCACUUACUGGGAAUGCCUCCUUCAUGGGGAAUAUUUGCAAUCCCUAAUCCCCAUCACGACUGGAGCUCAAUAGGUACCCACCCCUGUCAGCCUAGGGUAGACACACACUGCACUAGCCUCUGUAGUGCGCAUGCAGCUGGACAGCUCAGGGAUCCCAGACCUGAUAUUGGCUCAGCCUCGCUGGCUGAAGGCCACUUGUCCCGCUCAGAAGUUGGAAGCUGACUGCUCAGAGAUCACAUAACCAGUUCGCGUGCCAGAGUCUCUUUCAUUAUCUGAAUUAACCAGGCACAUCACUCCACCAACUAAGAACGACCGUCCACCAGCACCCGCUGGAACAAGAAAGAGCUAUUAAUCUGACAGUCCUUUCCACUUCUGGAUUGGGUGAGAUUUCCUGUGAUGAAUCAAAUUAAGCUGGUGGUGCCCUUCCAUCAGUUACUUUAAGUUUUAGCUUUGCAACCAUCCUUUCCCUGGAACCGAAAGACUCUGGCUUCUCAUAAGCUGCCCGGUAGGUCACUGGAAUAAUGCCACUGGAGUGCCAGUCAGAAUCAUUUGUAGGUGG